UACCUGUACAUUGGCUUGUUCCUGAUGUGCGGAUUUGUUCUGUACGACACCCAGCUGAUCAUUGAGAAACGCCGGCAGGGGGACAAGGACUUUGUCGCUCACUCAGUCGAUCUCUUCAUCGACUUCAUCGGCAUCUUCCGCCGGCUAAUCAUCAUACUGGCAGAGAAGGAGGACCGAAACAAACGCAACAACAAGAAGGAAUGAUGAAUAACUGAAGACUGCCACGUCAGACAUGACUGUUGUGGCCGAUGUCAUUUGUAAAAUUCUAUUUGUUAAGCUGUUCAUUAAGUUUUAUUUACUAAAUUUUCAUAAUGUGUUAUAAAAAUGGAAUCUUAUUAUUUUGGAGUGUUGAGUUUUUAUUUAGUUUACUACAUAAAUUAAUGUUUAUAGGUUUAGAAUAUAUAAAAGGUGGUUUCACUAUCUGCGGGUUGGUUUUGUUGACUUCCAAGAUUGAAUUUUCUGAUGCAGUUUUUUUCAAGUUAAAUAUUGCUUUUCUUCUUAUGUAUCACAGAAAGUUACUGCUUUACUUAUAAUAUAGCGAGUGUUCCGAAACUACUGACUCUCGGAUAGUGGAGCUACCCAGCUGGUGGUAGGUAUUGUAACUUGUGUGUACUUCUUGUAUAUUGUAUUGGUAAGUAAACAUGUUUAUAAUUUGGACAAA